AUGCUGGUGCAGCCGCGCCACUACAAGCUCCGGAAAGUGACCAUCCCCUCCGUCUCCACCCCAACCGCCCUUGCUAUUCCGCCCCCCUCUUCCGCUUCCUGCCACCCAUGCAUGCAGCUGUGGGCGCACCACUACGAGCGCCUCAAAGUGGCAGUCAGAGCCGCCGUACGCAUCGAGCAGCUCAUGUCCCGGGCCAUGCCCGAGGCGGAGACGGACUUCUGGGCGUCGGUGCUGCUGUCCAAGGCGUGGCCUGGUGUCCACCAAACUCAUGCCUUUUUGAGUCAACUGAAAAUUUCCCACCUCUCUCUCCUCGUUGCGUCUGUCCACCAUCAGGCCAUGCCCGAGGCGGAGACGGCCUUCUGGGCAUCAGUGCUGCUGUCCAAGGCGUGGCCGCUCUUCCUCAACGACCUGAUGUCCACCAAGCUCAUGCCCAAAGUCGCGCCCUGGUUCCUCUCCCGAUACAAGCCGCCCAUGCUCGCGAAGGUGGAGGUGGUGAAGGCCAACUUCGGUGACACAGCGCCCGUCAUCACAUCCAUCAAGGCGUUCCGGGAAGGAGGCGGGCGGAACCAUGUGGAGCUGGAGGCGAGUGUGGAAAUAGUGGGUGCGGACAACAUGAGCGUGCAGGCCACGGCAUAUGUGGCGGGCAUGGCUAGCAUCCCCUGGACCGCCUACAUCACUGGGCUGCAGCUCACCGGCACGAUGCGGGUAGGGCUGCGGUUCCGCCGCUCGCUGCCCUUUGUGGACCGUGUGACGCUGAGCUUCGUGAGGCCCCCGCAGGUGUCGUGCGCCAUCAAGGUCAUGGGCGCCCUCGACGCUGCCAGCAUGCCGCUUGUGGCUUCCUAUGUGGACUACACGCUUCAAAACGCCCUCAAGACGUCCCUCUGCUGGCCCAACCGGCUGGUGGUGGUGGACGCGGUGAGGGCAGCGGCCUUCGUGCUGGACCUGCCAGUGCCGCCCCCCACGCCCGAGGAGAUCAGCAUCGUCACUCCGCGGCCCGUCACCAAGAGCAAGAUGCCACCCCCCACGGCCGAGAAGAUCAGCAUCGUCACCCCUCGGCCCGUUACCAAUGGGAAGAGUGAGUGGCGUGGUGCUGAGGGGACGGGUGAAUAUUGCCUCCUCUGCUCUCCCCAACCUUUGUCUUCCCUCCAUACCAACCCCCUUCCUGCUCUCGCCCCUUCCUGCUCUCGCCCCUUCCUGCUCUCGCCCCUUCCUCCGCUCUCUCCGCACCCACCUCUGUACGUGCCCCCAGGUACCCUCUCUGCUAUCUCCAAAAAGUUCCUUUCCAAGAAAGGUCCCACUGCCGCCUUGCCAGCUGUCGCCACGCUAUUGGUCGAAGUCAUUGAGGCAAAGGAUCUUUUGGCAGCUGAUUCGGGCGGCACGUCUGACCCCUAUGUGAAGGGGUCGAUUGGCGCCGCCCGCUUCCAAACCGCUGUCAUCUCGAAAAACCUUAACCCACAGUGGAAGCAAAAGUUUGAGGUGCCCGUGGCGGACUGGUCGCUGCCCGAAAGCUACACUCUGGUACUGCGCGUGAAAGACUACGACAUGUUUUCGGCAAACGAUGCGAUUGGGCGGGCUCAGAUGGACAUUAGUGCGGUGAGGGGGGCUGGGAGAAAGGAAGAGUGGCUGCCUUUGGUUGACGGUGGGAAGGGGAAGAUUAGAGUGGCCGUAGAGGUGAAGGAGGAUGGGGGGGGCAUUGGUCCCAACAGCAGUGAUUCCGAUCCUGCUGGCCCUUCAGCUUCUGCUGCUGGUGGUGCUGGUGGUGAGAGUGGUGGUGAGAGUGGUGGUGAGAGUGGUGGUGAGAGUGGUGGUGCUGUGGGUGGAAAGGGGGUGGAGAGAGCACCGUCAGAUGCAUCAAUGACCACGAUGGAGUCUUACACUCAUGACUCCCAAUCCGUGUCUCCUGCCCGCUCAGAGGAUGCUGCUCAAGCGGCUGCUCCCACCACAGCCACAGUCAUUCCCCGUGCAUCUACCCCCGAGGUCCCCCCUUCCCCAUCUCUCACGCCCUCCUCCUCCUCCUCAACCUCCAAAAGCAGCAGCUGGUUCCGAGGCCUGUCGGGCUCCGGCCGUGCCAGCCGUAACAGCCGCAACAACACCAGCACAGGCAGCAACAGCACCUCUUCUCAGCUGAUGGCGCUUGAGGAAACCACCCCUGGGGCCUCAACUCCCAAGGACAUGGCUCCUGCACCGAAAACGCCCAAGGAGGGCACACCGCGGUCAAGCAGCCGCAGCUGGUCGUUCAAGGCGGGGUCGCUCAGGCGCCUGGGGUCGGGGGCCGGUGCGAGCUUGGCCAUUGCAGUGGCGACCGUCCACGUGGAGGUGAUCGAGGCAGACUCCCUUGUUGCCGCCGACAAGACCGGCACAUCUGACCCUUACCUGAAGGGCUCCCUGGGCUCCUCCAAAUUCUCCACCAAAAUCAUUUUCAAGUCGCUCUGCCCGCGAUGGAACGAAAAGUUUUCUCUGCCCGUGAAGGAAUGGCCGCCUGCGGGCAGCCCGUUCCUGCUGAAGCUGAAUGUUUUCGACCGCGACAUGAUGACUCAGCAUGACCCGCUAGGGAUGGCUGUCCUCGAUAUCAUGCCGCUCAGGGACGGUAUUAGGCACGACCUGUGGGUGAAACUAGAGAAUGUGACUACAGGGAGGGUGCAUGUGGCUGUGACUGUAGAGGAUCACAUGGGGCAGGCAGAGACCGAUGAGGAGGAGAAUGAGUCAGUGGAAGGAGGGGAGGAGGGGGUUAACUCUGCCCCUAAUGCUGCUGCCCAGGUAACACCUGCACCAGAAUCACCUUCCCAGUCGGCGUCACGGUCGUUCAAGAGGCAAGUGAGCAAGGCGCGUGCACUGACCAGCAUUCCAUCAGGCGAGGAGCUCUCAGCCAUGGCUGAUCCCCCUGCUGCCUCUUCCUACGGGCCUUCCAGCCCCCCGCCUGCCAGUGACUCUCCUGUGGCGGCUGGAGAGGCAGGAGCGGUGGCAGAAGGAGGCGGGGAGUGUGAUGGGCAGGGGCAGCAGGGAGUGGAGAAAGAGGUGCCGCAGGUGUGGGUGGCACAUGUGGAGAUUAUCGAAGCCACGAAUCUGGUCGUUGCUGACAUGACAGGUUAUUCGGAUCCUUACACGAUUGGCAAAAUUGGAGAAGCGACGUUUCAAACGAAGCAUAUCUCUCGAACACUCAACCCUAAAUGGUACGAGGAGUUUAGGGUCUCCGUUCCUGUCUGGGACCCUGACGUCACGUACCUUCAACUUCUUGUGAAAGAUCGAGACACAUUCUCUUCUGACGAGUCGAUAGGCAAUGCGAAUGUCAACCUGAACGUGUUGCGGGAUGGGCAGCGCCAUGCGCUCUGGUUACCGUUACAAGGGGUGAAGAGCGGCAAGUUGCAUGUGGCGGUGACGUUGAAGGAGCAAAACGUGGAGUCUAACGUAGUGGUGCACGAGUUAAUGCCUGGCUGUGUCAUCGAGUGUUAUGAUGCGAUCAAGCUGGUGCUCUAG